AUGGCGCCGACUGGUGGUCGGAUGCAGAGUGUUAUAUUAUGUUUUAGUUUUUUGAUGGUUUUUCUUCAGUGUUCCGCUUACAGGAAAUAUAGUUUAGGGCAUGACAAGGUUUGUUCACACGUGAAAAAACAAACAAUUAAACUUCCUCCAGAAAAUGGAAUUUUAAUUACUGAACAGCGAACAUUUGAUAAGUGGUCUGGAUACAAAGAAUUUCGCUGUAAGUUUAAAGUUGAGCUUCUAGAUGAAGGAGAUUUGUUUGCGGUGAUACAAAAUGUAACUUUUAGAAAGGAUCCAGUUACUGGUGAAUGCAUCGAUUAUGUACAGCUCACAGGUGAUGAUAAAAGAAUGAAGACUGAGAAAAUUUGUGGGACUGUCAAUGCAAUAAAGCGUCUUUAUGGAAAUGCAGUACAAUCAUAUUCAGAUACAGUACCAAUAGCUUUUGUGGAUUCUGAUGGUGAAAUAUCAGUUGAAGUGUAUGUGGCUAAUGAGCCUCUGUCUUCAAACUCUGAGGAGCUUACAUUUUCACUGGCAUUCACACGUUCUGUUCCCUGUUCUUCUCGGAAUGCCUUUGUUUGUGCAGAAGACAAGUGCAUACCUGAGGAAUUCAAAUCAGAUAGUAUAGUGAACUGCCCGUAUGGAAGUUGUUUAGAUGAGCACUGCACAUUUGGAGGGUACGAUGAUGAUGGACCCAAGGUGCCUAAGAGCGGACUAGGCACAAAGGUGGUGCUCGGUGCCGUUGCAACAGUGCUUCUGGCAUUUGUGCUGUUCCUUGUAAUCAUCUGGGUAUUACGACGGUGUCACAAAGCUUGCUGGAGUGCUCCGCACCAGCGAGUGCCAGUCUCAGCAGCUGAAUCGGGUGCACUUGCAGAACAUCUUUCCUACAAUCGGGGAAGUAGCCCUCUCGGUCGUACAUCAUCGAGUUCAGGACAUGCACAAUCUCAGUUUCCCCCCACAUCUGUGAUGGUUGAGUCUGUGGCUACUUUGCCACCAUCAGCACCUCCACCACAUCUGGCAGCUGACAAAGACCUCCCACCAUCUUACGAGUCACUCUUUCCAUCACGAUGAAGCAUGUGCAUUGACUCUGGAUGAGGUGAAUCAAAUUAAUCUAAGAAUCAAACAAUUUCGCAUCUCAUGUUCUCAAAGCAGCAGUUUGAGACAUCAUAUGCCAUUUUUAUCAUCAUCAUGUCAGUUUCCUGUUAUCUCUCUUUCAUUGAUAUGUAUGAGGUUGCAACCUUGUGGUUAUGCUAUCUAGUUUUUCAGAUCUGCUAUGAAGUUAGUUAUAGAAUAUGAAUUUUGAAUUUAUGGCCUUUGUAGCAUAUGAAGAAAAGAGGCAGCAUGUAAUCUGAAGUUUAUAAUGACCAGUUUUUCAGGAAUAUGUAUGUUGGAGAUUAUGAAACCUAUAUAAGGUGAUUCAAAAUUCCUAUUACAAGCUUCAGUGCCCAGGAAUUUAGUGUUUGGUAGUAAAAUCAGUUUGAAGAGCAGAUAACUUUCAAAUCUUCAGCUGUUAUGGUAUGCACAGAAGUUGAGAAGAGGGCACUGUCGUCAGUACCUGUUGUAAUUCUGACGCCACAUAACACCUUUAUCUGACUACAACAACGGCUGAAAGAAAUUGGCACUUUUGAAAGUAGGAGGGUUGGCUGUGAUGUUCCAUGGACAUGCUGCACUUUCAACAUUGAAGAGGACACAGAUGAGAGCCCGAGGACAAGUACUCAAAAUAUUCAUGUGCUCCUAUUCAUGUGCUCCUACAGCACACAAGUCAGAACUCGUUAUCUCCGCUUUGUGUGUACCAUGAGGAGUGUAAGUCUCCUCUGCAACCCCUAGAAGCCUGUAAUAGGAAUUUUGAAUCACCCUGUAUUUAGCGUUAUGUACUUUUACUUGGGCACACGUAUUAUAACUGCUGAUAAUUCCUCGAUACGUGGCGGCCAGAAACAGUAAAUCAAUGGUUUAAGAUUGUUUCAGUCAAAAUACUCUUUUUCAGUGUCUCAGAGACUCGCAAUCGUUUUUUAGCUUCGCUUCAGGUUUGUGAUCAUCCUUGAGCCCAGAUUGAAUAAUAUUUCUGCUUGUGAAAAAUGUGUAAAAUAAAAUUUGCUGUGGUGUUAAUGUAAAUUGUAAGUUCGUUACACUUGCAGUGUUCAGCAAAAGCUCAUGGCAUUUUCUUGGAAAUAUGAUAAAAUCAGUUGCAGAAACUUACCCAUUCUUUGACAAAUGUGCUAUGGAAAAACUCUUAUCCAAAUAUGUGGCUAAAUUGUGAUCUUGCCUACAUUUUCAGUAAAACAUUUCUGAGUAGUAUCAGCAUUAAAUACCUGCAAACGUUUAAAUGGAGAAUGCCCCUUUGUUUAUAAGAACAUUCACAUUUAGGGAUGAGAAACAUCCAAAUACAAUUGUUAGAUAUUGUUUAAUUUCCUUCCUUUCAGCUCAGAGGUUAGUAUGUAAACAGCAAUAUCUGGUAUUGAUGGACAGUAGAAAACAUAAUAAUUGGAAAGAGUUUUAGUUAUUGAUAGCAACCUUGUUCUUGGAAAGUUUUAGCUCCUAAAUAUUUUCCUUUGGUAUAUUUUCUCCUUCAUUUGAUGUGUACAUUGUUAUACAUGCUGAAUUUCCUUCUGCAUACAUGUGUGCACAUGCACACCUGCCCAUCCAUAUACACCGUUUUAAUGUUAACAAACAUGUGUAUCAAAGUGACUAUAUUAUUUUUGGUUGCCAUGGAGUCACUCAGACGUUAUACCUGAUCUUAUUUUCUCUUUGUGUAUAAUCUAGGUACUCUGAUGUUGGUUAUACUUUCUGCAAUGUCUGAUUCACUCCAGAAUAUCUUGUUAGUUAAUUUUGGUUUUGAUUACACUUUUGUUUCACCACACUUAAGGAUGUCCCUUCUCUAAGAGGUUUUAGUGAUAGGAAACUCUUUUGAAGAAUAUUAUUUGAGUUAAUACUUAGAUAGUUAUAUGUUUUGGAUCUGCAGAUUUUUUUGUUUUCUGGAGUGUACAUAAGGGUAAUUUUUAUGAUGUCGCUAUCAUUGAUAUUUUUGGCAUUUGUUUAAGUAAUUAUGGUCUGAUGGUUUAUUAACAGGUAUUUGUUGGAUAGCAACUUAUGAUGUUAAUGUGCCGUUUUCCAGUUUUGAUGGUACUUAAAGUGGAAGGAUAUUUGUAAAUUAAAAAUUCCCUUUGAAACAGUCAUGUGUAUGUCCAGUGAUCUUUUUGCCCUAAGUGCUUAAAGUAGAGAUACAAUAGGAUUUACAAUAUAGAAGCACAGUGGUCAUCAGAAUUCUGACAUUACUUCUGUUUAUGUGGGGAAUCAGCCAAUCCCAUGCAAUACAAAGGUACAGUUCAAAAUGAGAAUUUCAAAGUUGAAAACUCGCAUUCCUUCAUGAAGAGACUUGUAAAUGAAAUAUAGAUUUCGUGAUUCUUAUCAUCUUUUCUGGUAGUUACUCUACAUUAAUUUUGCCUAGUACUAAACACUUGCCAUGUUGAACCAUCAAGAAAUGAAAGGCCGUCGUUUAAAAGUAAUGUAGAAGAAUCAUUCAGGUUGCAAGCUGCCUCUUUUAUUACGUGGCGUAGCUAAAUGCAUUAAAAGUCCCAGAGUUUUCCUUUGGCCAGCUCAGUAGGAUCCUUUACUCAGAAAGCAAAGCUAUGGAGGAUGCUAGAGAUUUAUCGAUAUAAAGAUACUCUAAGCCCUGGAGUCUUAUUAUUAUUAUUAUUAUUAUUAUUAUAGCUUCUGUGGAGCACAGUGUCUGAAAUACCUUUUUUUAAUAGUGAGGAAUUUUUAAUUCCAAUAAUGUUGUUGGUUAACUACCAUAUAGGAUUGUUGCACGAUGAAAGCAUUCAGCUGUCAGUUGCAAAUUGCACUGCAGUUAUCAGAUGAGGUGACACAACAGCUAUUGGUUUUAACAAUUUAGAGGGGUAUUUCUUUGAUCAGUCAUGGAGAGCAUUGCCAUCAGUGAAAUAAAGACUUGAGAGUCUGGGGAUUCGGCAAUACUUUUGUGUGUGUGUGUGUGUGUGUGUGUGUGUGUGUGUGUGUGUGUUCUGAAAUUCCUUGGUGGCAGUUAACAUUGUUUAUUGAAUAUUUUAUAUUUUUGUAUUGUCUUAAGGAAUUAUUUGUUACCGAUUAUCUCUGUGGUGCUUUCUGUACUUGCUCAGUAUUUUUUGAUAUGUAGUUUGCCUGAAUAUGUAUCGUAUAUAUAUAUCUGUGUGUGUGUGUGUGUGUGUGUGUGUGUGUGUGUGUGUGUGUGUGUGUGUGUGUGAGGGGGACAGAGAGAGAGAGAGUGAGUGUAAUCUUGUGUGCUGUAUAAUUCUGAGUGUAUCUAUUUUUAAGAUGUAAUUUAUAAUUCCAAGACUUAAAUUAAGAAUUAUACUCGUGAGAAGAAUAUUGUCAUGGCUGAUCCAAUCUGUCACUAACAGAAUGAAUCCUUCUGCAAUUGCAUGUUUUCCUCUUUGAAACAAACAAAACGAGGUGAAAGGGAAAAUAUAUAAGAGGACAUAAAACUACAGUUUGCAAAAACAACGAGGGUUCACAGUGGCUACUUAAGGAAUUUGCAAAGAGCUGUUGGCUACACUCUGUCCAACAAUAGCUUGGUCACCCUAGUUUACAAUGUCUCAUGAGUUGAUCUGUUAAAAGAACUGAAAUAUAUAAAGGACAGUGCCUUUAAUAACUGCUUUUGGCAUAUAAUUACCACAGUUGCCAUGAUCAUUGUGAUGAUGUGACAUUGAAAAAGUGUGCUCAAAGAUAAUUUCACAGAUAUGAUGGUGAGCAGCAGUGACCUCGGACUGUGAGAAUUAACUACCGUGAAGGUCAGAGCCAUGCAUACCCUUAAGAUAUUACCUCUUUUCAUGCAACCAGUAAACAGAUUUUUUGUUGAAUUAAAAAACAAUGAAAAUCAAACUAGAAAUCUGUUGUUAUAGAGAUGUGGUUGUGCAACGUUGCUUAGUUAAAAAUAGCACUUAUUGAGCAGCAGAUUAGCGUAAGCUCUGCACAUUGCACAGCGAGGGCCCAUUAAAAUAGUUGUAUCAUUACUGAGAUGAAAUUUAUAUACUCUUUAGUGGGAUGUGUGCUUUGAGAAACUUUUUAAAAUCAAAGCCAUGUUCUUACGAGGGCUUGAUACCAGAUUCCAGUCUAGUGGGAAUUGUCUCCAACUAAAAAUGUUCACAUCUCUGUUAUCACCUCAUGCACACUGGUUCUAUUUAUUACUGUUUGUUUACAUUUGUUCAGGACCAGUCAUAGUUUUUUCUUGCAUUCCUCUCUGUAUGACCUAUUCUACAUAUGUGAAAUUGUAUUUCAUUUUUGAUUUCUUGUAUGUUCAAGUCUUGUCUGUACUAUUGACUAAAUAUUGAAACAAUUUUGGCUUCAAUAUACAUGUUGUAGCUUGUUAUAAUUUAAACAUUUCAUUUAAUGUCAUGUAGAAAUAUAAAACUUUAUUUGAUAUACUACUCGAAAGACACUUCAAUCAUGUUGAUUCAAGAGUCAGUAGGUACUGUUUUUAUCCCACAACAUGACUUGUAAUUUAUUUACAAAUAUAACAGGUUUACAAAAUUGUGCCAUCAGUACAUUUUCCAUUAAUGACAGUAAAGCAGUAGUAUUCUGUUACAUCUUUGUUGUAGAAAGAGCAAUAAUUAAUAUUUAAUGUGUUGGUGUAUGCUUCAAUGACGAAAGGAUGGAAGAGAACAUUCACUUGAAGAGAAUUUUACAUAAAGGAUACUCAGGGAUAAAAUCUCAAUUUCUUCUUGUGAGUUUUCAUACUUUUGUUGUAGUAGAGAAGAUCUGAGUUUUUAAAAUCAAAAUUGUUAUAGCCUUAUUAUAAUAAUUAUUAUGUAGUGUUAUUUUAAACAUCCCUUUCUCCAUGGUAUGUCUUCCAAUUUUUCAGAACUGCUUUUAUUCAUAGUUAUUUGUUUUUAGUGCAGUGAAAAUAUAAUGCAAUUCUUGGUUACCACAAGGGAUGUUGAUUUUGUUUGUUUUCAAAUAUGCUGUCUCCAUUUUUUGUAAUUUCGAAAAAUCUCUUCGAUGAUGUCAUUUUGAGGGCUUGUCUUCUAGUACCAUUAGCAUGUACUUGGCUAAUUGGAAGUAUGAGAGGAAAGCUCAAAGAAAAUGUCAAUUAAAACCAUCUGUUUGUAAGGAGAAAACUAAUUAUGAAGUUGCUGAUACUGUAAAAUAACUUGUAAAGUGUAAUUUGCUUGAAGAUUCACAUGCAGCUUAAGGCUGAGAUGCAAGGCAGGGAGUAGUGCACACUUACCAGAAACUGAACUAUUUGGACAGAUUUAUUAGGGGCCAUACUUCAAAUUCCAACACUCUGUAAGAAUUUGUUGCAGGAAUAUUCUGUGUCUCUUGUGUGCACAGUGGUGGACUGUGCAGUUUUCACAAACUCCUUUUAAGUAUUUUAUUUUCCAUCAUACAGCCAUUGAAACAAGCAGAACUGUUUUCAGUACCAUAGAAAAUGUGAUGAAACUACUUAAUAAAAGAUGAGCAUGAGGAUGCAAUAAUUUAUGAUCAAUACAUAAUUAUGUAAAUGUAAAUAUGCAGCAGAGGGCAAGCUAAAUUAUGCCCAUUACAAGUAUUAUUAAUUACUUCUGUUCUGAAUCUUCUUGUGGUCAGGUCUCUCUCUCUCUCUCUCUCUCUCUCUCUCUCUCUCUCUCUCCCUCUCCCUCUCCCCCUCUCUCCCCCCUCCCCCUCCAUCCCUCCCUCCUCCCCCUCCAUCCCUCCCUCCGCGUCCGAAGGAUUUACCUUAUUUUCAAUGUGUGUCCUUUGAAGAGAACCCAUGUACAUAGAAAAGUGAUUUGUAACUUUAUUUACAGACUAGAUAGUGUGUGGAUCACUUUGUGUUUUGAUACUCUUAGUGUACAGAUCACAUAAAACAAAAAUAUAUAUUUUGUAAAAGUUUUAUAUUUGCAGGAUAUUUUUACAGAUUUGUUAUAAAGGUAGCCUGAUGUAAAUAUUUGUAAAUUCAUAUAUUUGCCAGGAAUAAACUUAUAAGUAUAAUAAAUUAUAAUUGAGCAAGGAAGAGAUGGUUUUGGAUAAUUUAAGGAAAUGUAGCUUUAAUGUAUAGAUAAUGAUAGUAUUUAUGUAAUGAAAGAUGGGAGCUGUGUAUACUUCAAAAAGAAUACUCAGUUGAUUUACAUGCAUUUUUGCAUGCUUCUACAAGAACUGUCAGUGUUAACUUUUUGUUUUAUUACAAUAUUGUAACCAGUUUACAAGAAGAAAAACUAAGGUUUCAUAUUUGUUCCAGGUAAAUGAUUAUAAGAUUUCCUGCAAAUAUUUUUCUCCAUUAUAACUGCAGAAAUGUAAAAUCUGUUUUGGUUCCAUAUGUUUUUUCUACAAACACUGAUGUUAUGAAAUUGUACAUUUGCAUUUUUUAGCAGUGUCGAAUGUUGUGAUAUGAAUAACUUGUUUGUAUUUUGCGUUAAUUAAGUCUGUUACAUUUUGUGAAAAAAGUUCUGUCAAAAUUUGUGUU